ACAUGUACUUAUCAGAACAUGAAAUCGGAUCUAUAAAGUAUUGUUCCUGUUUUUAUCUUUUAAUGAUACCCCAAAACAACUAAAUGUCAACACCUCUUACGUAUAGCUACACACACCGCGUUCAAGUUCUGCUUUGAAUUAUAUAUUUUUUCGACUGCAGAUGGCGCUCCGGUUAGAACAUCCGGGUUUAGAACGAAAGUAAACGUAACAUCCUGAAAAUGUCAUCGACGUAUGGUCUUACUCCUGUACAAGUAGAAGAGUUUCGACAGGCUUUUAAGUUAUUCGAUAAAGAUGGCGACGGUACAGUGUCAACCAAUGAACUAGGAGUAGUGAUGAGGUCGUUAGGUCAAAAACCAACCGACGAGGAGUUACAUGCAAUGAUCAAUGAAGUUGAUGAGGAUGGAAAUGGGGAAAUAGACUUUGACGAAUUUUUGUCAAUGAUUGCUAAAAAGAUGGGGGAUAUAGAUUCAGAAGAAGAUUUAAUUCAAGCUUUUCGGAUUUUUGACACAAAUCGAACCGGGUACAUUACAGCACAGGAGUUCAGAGAGGUCAUGAUGAACCUUGGAGAACGGCUGUCGUAUGAUGAGGUCACAGAAAUGAUAGCAGCAGCAGAUAAAAAUUCUUCCGGAAAAAUCAAUUAUGCAGAGUUUUGCGCAUUGUUAACAAAGUAAAUGAGAUACUCUAUCCUCAAUGAAGCAUCUUAUGAAACUGAUGUGUUACUAGAGAAAUACGGAUUAUGCUUACAAAGAGCCAAGUUGGUAGAAUGAAAAUGUAAUGAUGGUCGACAGUAGCUGUAAAUACUCUCUCAAAAAUAACACGAGUAGGAAUCUUUAUGUAGAUGAAAUGUUAAUUUGUGUUUUACAAGAUUUAAAUGUACAUAUUAUUUCAACAUUACACAUACAAUUCAGCAUAUUUUUUUUCUAAAUACAUAGUACGCUUUCAUUUUAAGCAUUCCAUACCAGCUGUCAUACUAUUCAUUUGCAAAAUUUGAUAAUGCCUGACAAAUUGUCAUUUUGCCUUUUUGUAAUCUAUCGAAGGAAACAGAUGAUUUUUAAUUACAGAGAUACAAUGCUAAAUGAUAUUACAGAGAGAGAUUGUUACAUUAAAAAAAUAUGUAUAGAUUUGUUGCCAACAAUGAAUGAACAAAUGUGUUCUGAUUAGACAACCAAGUUAUACAACAAUUAUAUGUAAUGCCUCAAUAAAUGCAAAAUUAUCCAUGUGCAAUACAGUACCAUAUAUUUCAAUACAAAAAUUUAAACAACAA